AUGUCGUCGGCCGCCAACGGCCGCUGCGAAGUCAUCCACGCCGCUCAGGUCUGUGUAACCUGCAAAGCUCGCAAGAAGAGAUGUGAUAAACAGCUACCUCUUUGCGGCUAUUGCACCAAAAAAGGCUUGAAAUGCCGAUACCGCAACACCGAUUCAGUGCAAGAACUGGGACAUGAUGCUUUUGACCGAUACCGUAGCGGGGGCCUCCUAGGCCCUGACAAGUACGUGGCAGCAUUAAAGCCAUUGGGAUCGGAAGUCGCUGUGCAUCUCGAAGUUCAUCGUGCCAUCCGCGAGAUGGGCUUUUUCGUGGACGAAGUCACCUCCUCUUAUUUUCAAGGUCUUCAUCGCCAUUUGCCUUUCAUCUCCCGGCGUCAAUUUCACGAUGAUUUCACAGCGACCAGAACAACCCCCUCCGCCGGCUUUUCCGCACUUGUUUUAAGCUUAUCUCUAGUAGCCUCAUCUCCUAGACUCAGCAACCGCAUCGAGAUGAAACCGCCACCUGCAAGACACUCACUCUACUCCGCCACCAAAUCUCUUCUUGCUCAGAUCCAAACUGCGUUCCCUCCUACAACCCAGCUCAUUCAGGCCUAUCUUCUUUCAGCUAUCUAUGAGUACGCAGAAGGUCAGCCUGAAGAGGCAUUCACAACCGUAGCAACUUGCAUCCGCAUGGCUUAUCGCUUGCGAAUCCAUCUCAACAACCGCCGAAUAUCUCAGCAGUUCAAGGAGACCAAUCAUAUACUCUCUGACAAGAAUUCACAUGAGCUAGAAUAUGACUCCCCGACAAUAGAAGCCACCAAUACCUGUUCUCUCGCUUUCGCCGGCAUGUUAUCGCUGACAUCGGAAUACUCCGCCCCAGACUGUUCUUUUACGAAAUUGGUGUACAAGAUCAACCCCUACUGA